CAAGCCAUGGCCUUCCUGUGGAUCCUCUCCUGCCUUGCCUUCGCCGGCGCCGCCUACGGUUGCGGCUCUCCCGCCAUCCCUCCCGUCAUCACCGGUUACUCUCGUAUUGUGAACGGUGAGGAGGCAGUGCCUCACUCCUGGCCCUGGCAGGUGUCUCUGCAGGAUUACACCGGCUUCCACUUCUGCGGCGGCUCUCUCAUCAAUGAGAACUGGGUGGUGACAGCUGCUCACUGCAACGUCAAGGCGUCCCACCGUGUGAUCCUCGGAGAGCACGACCGCUCCUCCAACGCUGAGGACAUCCAGGUCAUGAAGGUUGGCAAGGUGGGUGACAAACAAUGUCUUUCCAUCUCAUCACAGUGCGCCUGUGUGUUCACUGGUCAUAAUGAUGUCAUUUCCUGUCAGGUGUUCAAGCACCCCCGCUACAACGGCUACACCAUCAACAACGACAUCCUGCUCAUCAAGCUGGCCAGCCCCGCCCAGAUGAACAUGCGUGUUUCCCCAGUGUGUGUGUCCGAGACCAGCGACGACUUCUCCGGAGGCCUGAAGUGUGUGACCAGCGGCUGGGGCCUGACCCGCUACAACGCUCCCGACACCCCCGCCCUGCUGCAGCAGGCCACCCUCCCCCUGCUGACCAAUGAGCAGUGCCGUCGUUACUGGGGCAACAAGAUCAGCAACCUGAUGAUCUGCGCGGGAGCCUCUGGAGCCUCCUCCUGCAUGGGUGACUCAGGCGGUCCUCUGGUCUGUCAGAAGGCCGGAGCCUGGACUCUGGUCGGUAUUGUGUCCUGGGGCAGUGGAACCUGCACUCCCACAAUGCCCGGCGUGUACGCCCGUGUCACCGAGCUCCGCGCCUGGAUGGAUCAGACCAUUGCUGCCAACUGAGCAUGUCAGACAGGACAGCUUUCAGUUACAACCUGAUCAUCAAUAAAACCAAGAAACUCUGAAGCAAA